UCUAACAGCAUAGACUAUUUCAUUCUUAUGCCUUGUAUUAGCUGAUGUUGUUUAAACGAAGCCUGAAAUAUAUAACUAUGUGCUGAGCACUGCAUUGGAUGUAUGCCUUUCGUUGUAGCCUAAUCUACUACGGCAUCAUUUGACCUCCCAGAGCUCACAGUGGCUUGCUUAGCUGUAACGUCCCACCUGCGCAUAAACACACAGUCAACUUGGGAUUCAUAGAAUGUUUGAAGUUUUAUACACUGAAUUCAAAUACCGGUUAACUGAGUCGGAUAUCAAGUUUGAUCAUUUACCAAUGAUCAUUUUAAUGCUGUGUGUCAGCUGCUCUGCCGUCGCCAAUAAAGUAUGUCACCAAGCAGUCGCGUAAUAGGAUCAGUCUAAUAAUGGACAUCUGCCUUGGAUCUAGCACAUAACACAACAGAAUGACGCUAUUGCAUUGCUCUGCUCUCAGUAUGUAUCUGCUGAAAUUGUAGUAUUUGAGUGUAUGUGGAUUGUUACAGUAAUAACUAGGUAGCCUACACAAUGGUAAAACAAAUGUGUGCCAUCAAUGGUCACAUGCUGAAUGAAAUGCAGUGGCCUGGCAUUGUGCAAGGAAAAACUGUGACAAAAAUAUGAUAAAACAGCAACUGUCAGCAGGCCAGAGACGGAGUCGUAAUCAGACAAACACUUGGGAACAUGAUUGCCCUGCAGGAUAUCUCUGUCCUAGCCUGGUCCCAGAUCUGUUUGUGCUGUUUUGCUAAUUCUUGCCAAACAGAUCUGGGAACAGGCUAUCUCUGUCAGGAUCAGCAUAGGAGAUGAAGAUCAGUAGAGGGCGUCCUGGUGUAAACAGGCCUCUAUUAAUAACAGUCACCAACUCUGUGAUCCUUUUAAACACACUUAGACAAGGGAGGGAGGGAGGUGAAAGUGGAGAGGUAAAAGGAGAGAAUUCGUGACAUUUUCCUUACUCUCCUCUGAGCUGAGAUUAGGGAAGAGAGAGGCUAGAUUCAGUGGGUACAGGUCUAGAGAGACAACCUCUAAAGAGAUGACCAGAUGUUGUCUCUCCCUCUAAAGUACGUCAGGUGGAUUGUAAUCUCUUUUCUAUGGGGGUUAACUUUGACCACGUUUGCUGCCUCAGUAAGCAUUAGCCUGUGUGAGCUCUACUGUGUUAGUAGUGAGUACUGUAGUGAGUACUGUACCUGUUGGGCCUGAGCUGGAGCAGCCAGCCCUCCCUGUUUCGCUGCAGAUAUGACUCUGCCUGCAUACACUGGAGCCAGAAUCUCAGGCUGCUGGUCCAUGACGACCCGCAGUGGUAGUGGGGAAGACUCGUUAGAUCGGCUCCUGCCUGGCACUCCUAUCACGGCUCCACGCAGGAAAAGCACAUCCCAGACUAAGACAGAGCCUCCCCUGCUUCGCACCGGCACACGCACCAUUUACACAGCCGGCAGACCCCCCUGGUAUGAUGAGCACGGUGCACAAUCCAAAGAGGCCUUCGUCAUCGGGUUGUGUGGGGGCAGUGCGUCAGGGAAGACCACGGUGGCCAAUAAGAUCAUUGAGGCUCUGGAUGUCCCCUGGGUAGUGCUGUUGUCCAUGGACUCUUUUUACAAGGUUCUGACCCCUGAGGAACAGACCCUGGCAACCAGUAACGACUACAACUUUGACCACCCAGGGGCGUUUGACUUUGAGCUGCUAGUUGCCACCGUUAAGAGACUCAAACAGGGCAAGAGCGUGAAGAUCCCAGUGUAUGACUUCACUACACACGGCAGACAGAAAGACUGGAAAACUGUGUAUGGUGCAAGUGUGGUCAUCUUUGAGGGGAUCAUGUCCUUUGCAGACAAAGAGCUUUUGGAGCUCCUAGACAUGAAGAUCUUUGUGGACACGGACUCAGACAUCCGGCUGGUACGUCGGCUUCGCAGGGACAUCACAGAGCGCGGGCGGGACAUCGAGGGGGUCAUCAAGCAGUACAACAAGUUUGUGAAGCCUGCGUUUGAGCAGUACAUUGAACCCUACAUUCGACUGGCAGACAUUGUUGUGCCACGAGGUGGUGGUAACAUGGUGGCCAUUGACCUGAUUGUCCAGCAUGUCCACAAGCAGAUGGAGGAGCGUGAGCUCAGUGUCAGGGCGGUCCUGGCCUCGGCCCAGCAGACUCAGCCCCUCCCCCACACCCUCAGUGUGUUGGAGGGUACGCCUCAAGUUAAAGGCCUGCAUACCAUCAUCAGGAAUCAGGAGACCAGUCGAGACGAGUUCAUCUUCUACUCCAAGAGGUUGAUGCGCCUCCUUAUUGAACAUGCUCUAACAUUCCUGCCCUCUCAGUCAUGCACGGUACAGACCCCACAGGGCCAGGAGUAUGAUGGGAAGAGAAGCUUCAGUGGAAAAGGGAUUACAGGUGUGUCUAUCCUGCGGGCAGGGGAGACCAUGGAGCCUGCUCUGAGGGCUGUGUGUAAGGAUGUCCGCAUCGGCAAGAUCCUCAUCCAGACCAACCUGGACUCAGGAGAACCAGAGUUGCAUUACCUGCGUCUGCCAAAAGACAUCAGCGAGGACCAUGUCAUUCUAAUGGACAGCACUGUGUCUACAGGCGCUGCAGCCAUGAUGGCUGUACGGGUCCUAUUGGACCACGAGGUGCAGGAGGAGAACAUUGCGCUGGUCUCUCUUCUCAUGGCAGAGUUGGGGGUGCACUCGGUGGCCUACGCCUUCCCUAAGGUCAAAAUCAUCACCACAGCUGUGGACAAGAGUGUUGAUGACUUCCUGCAAGUCAUUCCAGGGAUUGGGGACUUUGGGGACCGCUACUUUGGGACAGAUGGUGGAUCAUCAGGCUGGAGUGACGAUGAGGAACAGGAGCGACCGAAACAACAAACAUGAACGUGAUUCUGUGAAACACAAGGUUAAAGGCUAGCCUUGUGAAACCAGACUGUGAAUUUGUGAUAAUCAGGCUGGUUUAAAAAGGCUAGUUAAGGGCAGGAUUAACCAGCAACACCAAUCAGAUUCCAUUGAGCUGCUAUAGACAGACACAACAAAUGGUUCUCUAUAAACAAGACAUUACUCCCAUUUAUGUACAGCAAGACAUUUUGUAUUCUAUUUUAUGGUACAUAUUACAAUAUUUAAAUGGAGGGAUUAUUGUUCUAUUUAUACAGUUGGAUUGUUCAGUUCUGGACUGCUCAAUCAGAACAUGUUUAUAUAUGGGGCUACAUGAAACUGAAUCAGUUUCAUCCCUUCUGAAGAGGAUGCUAUCUUGACAAUUGCUAUGCUAUCUUGGCAAUUUUAUAUGAAAUAGAUUAUUGAAAGUUUGGUAGUGAAGCUUCCUAACCUGUAGGGGGAAGCAUUGUUCAAUUUUAGUUGCUGUGUUGCCAUGUUGUGUGUGUGCACCCAGAUACUCAAACCACACUAGAAAUCAUAUGACGGUCUGCAAUUGGUCCAUUCCUUUUAUUGAGUGAAAUUACACAUCAUGUACUGGAAAUUGCCCAUUAUUUUCAAGUAUUUGAAAACGUAUAGCAAUUUGAAAGCUAUUGAGUUGAAAUGGUAUUGAAUCCUCUCCACCCAUGACUGAGAGAACAGUCACUAGCAAUUAAUCAAGGAUGAUCUUCACCUGAACAAAGAGAUCAUGACAUGUGCUGAUGUUUGAUGCUAAAUGCCAAAUAUGAGAUAUCUUUGUAUCUAUCUUACCCCAAUUUUUUAGGGUGUGACAUACGUUAUGCUUAUUGUAGUCAUUUUCACCUAACAUAGUACACACAUAUGUAUGAAUGUUGAAUGCAUUAUAUUUUCUACCUCUUACAAGCAUAGCCUACAUUUAGAGUUAUGAGAGAGCACUGUUUUGUGGGGAAUUUGUUUAUUUAUAAUCACAAUAUUUCUCUGUGAGAGCCCUCAGAGUAGGUGGCUGUGAUCAUGGAUGUCAUGCAAUGCAUGUUGUAUUCUCCAAGACAGCACAAGACUCGCCUGCCCAUGUGACUACUGCCUCAAGGUUAACCUGUUACUAUGGAGACAAGCCCACCAAUGAAAAUUCAGCAGACGGUUGCGAUGUUGACUGUAAGCUUUUUGUUUUAAGGGUGACCUAUUUUUUUUCUCCAGCUAGUCAGACACAGACCCCUCUGUACGCACGCACACACACACAUGCCGCCACAUUUGAACAUUUAUCUCUGGGAAAUGCAUGUGUUAUUAGAGUGUAAUUAUGGAAUAAAGUGAAUGUCAGAUUAUCAUUUAGGAAACAGUCACCCUUACUUACAUCUACUUAAAUUCCUAACUUGGCUCUCAUACCAUCAUGGUCACCUAAUCAUCCCCAGCUUCCAAUUGGCUCAUUCACCCCCCACCCCCCCAUUUAACUAUCCCCCAGGUCCUUGGUGUAAAUGAGGAUGUGUUCUCAGUCAAUUUACCUGGUAAAAUAAGGGUACAAAAAUUAUAAACAUCUACUUGAAUGCAUCCAACUUUCUCAAUGCCUUAAUAGCCAAUUAAAUCAUGUUUUCCUGUGAUAAA